CCAAGGAAGGAAGAGGGGUGCCCUCAACAAGAUAUAGAAACCCAGUGCGGAUUGUGUAGGACGUGCAGUCGCAUCUUCGCUUCCGUCGCCCUGCGUCGCUCACAGCCCCGAUUGUUCCUAAUCGAGUUGCUCGCUUUGUGCCGCCUAUAUCCAUGACGAUGGAGAGUAGCUGAUUGCGUUCCACAUCGCGUCCGCCGGUCUCACAGUGGAACAUCUGCGGGGGUCAUACAAAAGCCGACGAAAUCAUCGUGAAAGUGGUUUGCAAUUAUGAUUUGGUGCCAACAAUUCGAAAGAGAAUCGAAAAAUGUGAAUGCGAACGUCGAUCGUUUUGCCUUUUUGGAGCCAUGGAAUCGGUCGGGAUGUACACGGAAGACUUCCAACGGCUCACGAUCUAAAAAUUGGUCGAGUGUUUUUUUUUUUUAUUGUAUUAUUAUUGUCAAGUUCCAGAGUGUCAAGUUCAACUGCUUCUUUCGGAAUACACGCGGAAAGUGAUGAUAGCCAUGGAGAGCCUGACGACAGCGGCGGCCGCGUUCGCGGACACGACGACGGCUACGGUGACGUCGGUCGUCGUUCCAGUGACAGCGUCCAGCACAAAACGCUAUUCAUCUAAAAUGGCCAGAAUUCAAGGCUACGUCGUGCGCGGCGUGACGGCAGCCAAACCGGCACCGGCCGACGGCGACCCGUCGGCCGGUUCGUUCGCAUUCAACACCAAACGAAGCGCGCUGCGUCUUGUUCGACCUACCGUGGCCGGUCGGCCAGCCAUGAUGGGUCGGGCCAGCACCAGUAGCGUUUAUUACCCCAAAACGCCUCACGACACGCACAACAGUCACAUCAAUAGUGUCCACUCGUCCGGCGGGAGCGGCAACAGCGGCACGACGCUCUCCGAUUGGACGCUCCAUCACAGGGAGAGGACGGCCAACAAUCGAAGCGAAUCCAACUGGCUGGGCUCCAUGACGGAGCUGUUGAACAGCACGACCACCACCUGGCGGGAUGCGUCGUCCUACCUGAACAGCACAACACACUUGCCGGCCGGCUGCGUUCUGAACGGCACGUCCGGUGCGCCAAGCCGCAUCUGCCUGACAGCGGACGACGAGUUGUCCAACUACACCAACGGCACACUCAACGGAUACGAUGACGACAUGGAAGCCAAAAACUUCUGGGCUCUUUUGCUCUUCUUAUUCCCGUUGUUGACCGUCUUCGGCAAUGUCCUCGUCAUCUUGAGCGUGUAUCGCGAGAGAGCCCUGCAGACGGCCACCAACUACUUCAUCAUCAGUUUGGCCAUUGCCGACUUACUUGUCGCUACGCUGGUCAUGCCGUUCGCCGUUUACGUCACGGUGAACGCCAAAUGGGAUCUCCUGGACGUCGUCUGCGACUUUUACAUCGCCAUGGACGUGACGUGCAGCACCUCGUCCAUCCUCAACUUGGUGGCCAUCAGCAUUGACAGGUAUAUUGCGGUGACUCAGCCGCUCAAGUACGCCCGUCACAAGAACCACAAGCGGGUGUGGCUGACCAUCGGACUCGUGUGGGCCAUUUCGGCUGCUAUCGGCUUACCCAUCACCCUCGGAUUGAACAACACGGAGCGACGCAUCUCGACCGAUUGCGCCUUUUACAACGAGGAUUUCGUCAUUUAUUCGUCCCUCUCUUCGUUCUACAUUCCGUGCAUCAUCAUGGUCUUCCUUUACUAUCAAAUUUUCAAGGGCAUUCGGGAAAGGGCGAAGAGGGCGACAGCCAAUCGCAAGCCUCAACACGCCCACCUGAUGGACAAUUUAGCUCCUCACACGAAGCGGCUGGCCGAGACGGCCAUCGGCGGGCCGCCGCCGAUGGCUGGCAAUCAGCAACAGCAGAGGGUGCACGUCAACGCCGUGGCCGUGGCCAAAGGCAACGCUGCUUGCGACACGGCCAGCGUAGCGGAUACGAGUCCAUCUAACGCGGGAGCUCUGGCCGGCUCGCUGCUGUCGUCCGCACCGGCCGUCACGCUGGCCAAGACGACUCUACUCGGCCGAAACGCGUCCAUGACGAUGAAACACGGCAGCCUCUUCGACGAGGACAAAGCGACCGACCAGGGCAGCGGCAGCCAAGACGAUGACGAUGACGACGAUAACAAUGGCGAAGAAUGGGCAGAAGAAGGAAGUAAUAGCGGCCUGCCCAGGGACAUUUCCACCGAGUUUAUGCUGGCCGCCAAACAGCAGCAGAAAGACAUGGCCAACGCCCAUCUCGGGAACAAGGUGCCUGCGUCGGGACUGGCGUCGACGACGCUGCUGUUAACGACGACAACAACGACGGUCGCCGCGGCGACGGCGUCCACUGUGACCGGUCUGAGCAACGGCGACUCGAAUUAUAACAAUCAGCCGCAGGCGACGGGCUCGCUCGGCCAUUCGCUCCUCACCGACGGCGUCUCUUGCCUCUCCUUGCCCACCAGUCAGCCGGCCACUUCCAAGAAAAUCAAGCAACAAAGAGGUAAAGCAAACAGGAGCGGAGGUAGCAGUUGCGGAGUGGAUUCGACGGCCUGCACGCCGCCUAGCGGUAGUGGCAACGGUGGCGGCAAUGGCGCUGACAAAGAGAGCAAACAAUAUCAAACGGCCGGUUCCAGGUUCACCAUUUACAAAGUGAACAAGGCCAGCCGCAAGAAACGUGAAAAAUCAUCGGCUAAAAAAGAACGAAAGGCAACCAAAACGCUCGCCAUUGUCCUCGGCGUGUUCCUAAUCUGUUGGGUGCCGUUCUUCACGUGCAACAUCAUGGACGCCAUUUGCACGAAAUUCGAACGCGACUGUCAGCCGGGCGGAACGGCUUUCCAGCUGACCACUUGGUUGGGCUACGUCAAUUCGUUCAUCAAUCCUGUCAUUUACACCAUUUUCAACCUCGAGUUCCGUAAAGCCUUCAAGCGCAUCCUCGUCUGUGCUGAUUGAAAGUCCCCAACCUUCUUUUUUUUUUGUUAUUAAAUAAAAUUAAGUCCGCCAUUUUCUUUUUCGUUUUCUUCAUCAACUGUUGCGAUAGCGCCAAUUUAAAAAAAGAAUUACCGUCUCAAAUCAAAUGAAACACUAAAAUAAAAAUUUCUAUUUAUUUAAUUGCUGUAAUAAAAGCGAUAUUUAGAAAAAAAACAAAAAUUUAAUUAGUUCGGCCAAUGUUGACCGAGGGCGCUCCGAUCAUCUGUUAUGUAUUUAUUUAAAUAAUAGAGCCAUAAAAAAAAUUUUAUCAAAUGCCGAUAUGUGCAUGCAUCGUUGCUCAUAUUUCCACUUCGUGACUAUUACUGUUAAUUAUUCUUGUUUAAUUUUAUGCAUAAAUUUUCCUUUUUUUUAUUAUGCAUAUGCUGUGUUAAUUAACUAUUUUUUUCAAUUAAAUUUUAUUUUUAUUUUUCAAUUUUUUCGUUUGCUUUGAUUUGAUUUUCUUCGGUUCCCCGCGGGAGGUCGAAAUCGAUCACUCUUCGCUUCCAUUAUCGAUGUACUGCUAAGAAUCGAUUGAUAGUCCCUUCCAAUUUUGUUUUGCCAUUCACCAUUUGUCGCCACACCUCCCAAUGGCCGUUCACCUGUUCUGCUGCGUUCCUUUUCACGUUCGACGUGUGUGUGUGUGUGUGUGUGUGUGUGUGUAUUUUUCUACAAUAAUUCCCCAUUCUGUUUUUGUUUUCUGGCUAUGCGCAUGAUCUUCUAUAAGGCUGUAUUUCCCCCUUAAACCAUCGACCGAUUGUGAAACAGAAAUUGAAACAACAAUCCUCUUCCCCCCCCCCUUCCCCCUCAUACGUUUGUAUAGAUUUAUAAAUAAUGUGAACAAAUGUGUUAUUGAAUAAACGAUGCGUUUUAAUGGCG